AUGGUAGUUAAACCAAUACAAAUUAAGAAAUCUCGUGAACAGCGGGCGGGACCCGCAAGCACCUGCAAAGAAGUGAUCGUUGUGCCUUCCGCCCUCGGCGAUGCGCAGCUUACUACAGAUCAAUCUGCAACUGAUGCUGAAGCCGUAGAUGUGAUUGACUUGGGCGCUCCGCGGCGUCGUCGCACUGUCGCGAGUCGACACCCGCGUCCUCCGCCCACCGUGCCCUAUACUCCCAACCCAAGACUGUACCCAGGGCCACGCAACAAUUCAGAACGCCAGUCGAGGCGAGCAAGGCGUAAGCGGGUAUUCCGGCGGCCAGUGCCCAAUUCACGGCUGUACCGGCCGGGUCCACCACGCCCUGUGCCACCUCCGGCAACUCCUCGCGCCGCUUGGCCACGACCGGCCUCACCGCCGCGGCCCCCUCACGCGCUCGACACGGCGUCACGGGCCGCGUUGCGCGUGCUUAGCGCGCGCCUCGCGUCGCCCGCCCGCCCCGAUAGUCGUCUGGUAGUAACGCUGCCCGCUCGCGGGAUGGAUGCUGUAACACGUCAUUCGGCUAGCCCGGAGUGCUCGGAGGGAAGCACAGCACCGAGCGAGUUUUUGGCGGAGUUCCUGUCGGCGAUAAUGCGAAGACAGUACGCUGAGGCGCUCAAAUAUUGCCGUCUUAUUCUACAGUACGAGCCUCAUAACGCGACCGCCCGAGGUUUCUUCCCGCUGCUACAACAUAAGGUGGAUGCACACCGAGGAGACACGAGUUCAAGUGAAGAAGCCAUCUCUCCGCAGCAUUUCAAAAAUGCUGGGGACUCGGGGGGUAGCGGGCAGGGUGGGGAGAGUGGGGAAAGUGGGCCAGCCGGAGAGAGUGCAGAAAGCGAGGAAGGAGAAGAGUGGGAGAAAUCUGGCGCAUCGUGGUCAUCUCUGGAACUGGACUCGUCACGACGCACUGACCGCUCCAGUGAAAGUGCACCCAACUCCACAGAAAGCAGCUCUGCUUCACGUGAUGAUAACGGCAAUGACUACACCUCUACGCCCGUGCUAGAUAAUGCGCGUACGCACACAUCACCGACGCCGCCCCCACCUCUAUAUGGCCAAGGUGACAUCGAAAACGAAAACGCAAUCGGCGAUCCUGAGGGGGCGGGGUGCACUCUUAAGGCUGCUUCAAGCGGCGCCAGCUCCCUGAGGCGGCUGCGCGCACACUUCACCUGCUCCAUCAAGUGA